UCCUCAUCCGCAACAAAUUUCAAAAACGCAGAAAAACCCACAUACCCAAUCGAUAAAUUUCCUGAUUUCCCCCACAAAAAUACAAAAUCAUGAUGAAAGUUCCCAUUUUUGCCCUUCUGAUCUGCCUCCCCUUUGUCUUGUCGAACGGGUACGGCGGCAUGGUCGGGGGAAGGAGGCAGAUCGAGAACGUGAAGUCGAACAAGGAGGUUCAAGAGUUGGGGAGGUUUUCGGUGGCGGAAUAUAACAGCAGGCAGAAGGCAAGCCGGAAGAUGGACAGCGGCGGAGAGCUUCAAUUUUUAGAGGUGGUGGAGGCGCAGAGCCAGGUGGUUUCUGGCAUCAAGUACUACCUCAAGGUGUCGGCCGUGAGGAAUGGGGCGCGCAUGUUGUUCGAUUCGGAGGUGGUGGUGAAGCCGUGGCUCCGUUCCAAGCAAUUGCUCAACUUUGCCCCUCAUGCUCCCAAUUGAUUGAUUCGAAUUCCAAUUCCAAUUCAUAAUGUUUGAAUUGGGGUUUUGGGGGGUGUCUGGUCUCGGAUCUGUGUUUGUGUUUGCUUGUACUAAAUUACUAAUCUCGUUGUAUCUCAUGUUUUUUCUUUCUU